AUGGCGAUGGAACAUUAUCAAGGAUCCACGAACAUCUACGAUAUCAGCUACAGAAGAAUUGGGGACCGCGAUAUCCUGCCAAAGGACCCCAAGCUCGCGUCCCUCUAUUUGGUUCAGACGGAGUAUCUGGGUAGCACCUAUCCUACCUCCACCUCGGAGUUGAGACAUGCGCAGGAUAGUCAGUUCCCUGACAACAGGACCGAGAUAGAUUUAUUGCGAAACGCAGAAAACAUCACCUUUUUCGACCUUGGUAUCAAGGGGAACAGUUGGGCACAAGUACCCAUGAAAGAUCGUAACUGGCCUUGUUCAAGUUUGCCAUUACUGGAGAAAGGAUGGCAAAACCGCACGAACGAUACUGAGCUUGGAAGCACAGACGUCGAAACAGACAUUUCACAGACGAAUCAAGUAGUCAGCACCCCAGCGCACCAUGAGCGAGCUGGCGAUAAACUUUUCGAUGCUCUCACCAAAGCGGCUACCCUGGUGGCACACUUCCUUCGUCAGUCGAACGUAGACCGCCGCAAGUCUAAGUGUAACCAACGAUCCAAGCGAAAACCGGGAACGGUGCAAGGGCAGCGCAAGUCAAAGAGACCUCGUAAUGAGGUUGACUACGAUGAGUCCAUGGCUUGCCACGAUGGCAGCGAGCCUGUCUCUGACGAUGGGGAUGACUAUGUCAAGUUCGAUCCAGGCCAUCAACUGUUGCGUCGCUGA